AUGACCCUUGACAAGCCCAGACAGGUCCUGGAAAUGGUCAAUGGGAUCUAUUACGCUCACGGAUUGCGUAAAAUUGCUCCAUACUAUCAUUCUCGCACUUCUUUCGCCAAAGGACGAUGGCUGGGACGUCAGCUACUUGAAGUGCUGAGUGACGAGUUAAAAGCGCUCUCGAGCGAACAGUACAGCCUGGGAAUCCAGCGUCAGGAGUUUCAAAUUGUACGAAAUGCUUGUGCACUAAGCGUGCCGGAGACCUUCACCGCCAAAAUCGAAAAUAAGGACAUUAUCAAGACAAUUUCUCACAAGCACGAACCGCCAGUACGACAAUGGUGCUCUGACGAAAGCGAUACUGAGGCCGGCAAGAAAAUAGGGGGUUUUGAAAUUGUACAUGAGUGCUCUGAUCUCUUAGUACUCAACAAGCCCAGUGGUAUUCCUAUCCAUCCAACAGGCCGGUAUUACAAAAAUUCAAUGGUGGAAGUGCUGAAAAACCAGGGCACAGAUGCCUAUCCGACGCACCGGCUUGAUAAAAUUACUUCAGGAGUGCUCAUUAUGGCUAAAAACCCGUAUAUGGCUAACAAAAUACAAGGUCAAAUUCGACAGCGAACUAUGCAGAAGACUUAUUUGGCUAGAGUCGAAGGAUGCUUUCCAAAGGUUCAAGAUUCUCAUGCCUUAGGAAAAGGAUGUCUGCCAUCUGCCACGGAGGCGUGUGCUGACGAAAAUAAAGCUACAGUUGAAGACUCUGAAAUUUAUACCAUCGAGCUGAAAAAACAAUUUCCCGCCGCCUUUUCUGUCGCUCGCAAUGCUACAACGAAGUUUUACCCUGUAAGAUACUAUGCUGCAUCAAAUCAAACGCUAGUAGCAUGCCAGCCUAUCACCGGACGCACCCACCAGAUAAGAAUUCAUCUCGCUAGAAUGGGACACCCAAUAGUGAAUGAUCCUUUCUACAAUAAGAAAAAUACGAAAUUUCCCAGACGGCUACAAUUCAUGCUCGACGUCUAUAACUGGAACAUAGGCAGUAUCUCCUCAGAACGUUUGGAGUCAUAUUUCAAAGAUUUCUUACGCGAAUCAAAUUCAUUUCACGACGGGGAACCAUCUAGUAUACGAGAGGAGUGUAAGGAAUGCGGCAUAAAUCUAUAUCCUGAUCCACAGCUUCACGAUCUCCAGCUGUAUUUGCAUGCCUGGAAAUACCGCGACUCUACCGGUGACUUAGAUUACGAGACGAGCUUACCAAUUUGGGCUCUCGACCAUAACCUCGAAUUACAGGCAGCCAUGAAAGAAUAA